UAUUUUUCAGUUGCCUAUUUCAUCCGAGUUAAAGGGUAGCGUUAUACUGACCAGAAAUGCAUGACUCCUGACAAGACAUACAUGUUAGCUGCAGAUUCACGAUAUCCAUAAUGGAGGCCACCUGCCACUGUUCCAUAGACGCCCUGCAAAUCAUGAGCGAACUCCGCAAUGUGCAUACCGUCGUUGACCUUGGCACCAUCCUCGAUCUCGUCCACCGCGUCUACAGGCAGGGCCAAGCAAUGGUAAACUGCGCAGACUGCAAGAAGAGCCCCCAGCCAUCCAUCGUCACUCUACCUGCUUUGGUAGAACAAUGCUUGUCGCUUUUCGAAGCUGUCUGUUCUGCGUACAGUAUCACCCGAAAGAACGCCCUGUUCGAUCCUGCUGUGCUCGCUUUUGAGCAACCCCUUCCCCAGUUUAUUUGCAUUCGGACCAAGGUUUUGCUUGGGAAAAUGGAACUGGACGACGAUGAGACCGGUCUUCUCGUAAGGACACUGCUGAAUCGCAAUCUUAUGCGGCUUCUGGAGCUGUUAGAGGUUCUAAAAGAUAUCCUCCGAGAGCUGUCGAAAGAUGGUGGCCACGCCCAUCGAGCCGGGGCAGCAAUGCUGAGGGCCUGUGAGUCGUCAGUGGAGUCCACAACGCACCGCUUUGCGGUCUUUAUGGAGCAAAUCGAGAUCGAGUCUAUGAAUUGACGAGGAGUUGUUCCAAGAUUAAACGUGCAAAUGUACCAGUGGAAGGAGGGUGUUUGAAUAGAUUAGAAUUCUUUGUGUCCAGAAGAGUAAUUGGAACGUGUUAAACAAUACAAGA